GUGAAAGUGAAGCUGCAGCCACCUGACGUGGAUCCAGUAGAAAUAGAAAACAGGAUUAUAGAAUUAUGUCACCAGUUCCCUCAUGGAAUCACAGACCAAGUAAUUCAAAAUGAAAUGCCUCAUAUAGAAGCUCAGCAGCGGGCAGUGGCAAUCAAUAGACUGUUGUCUAUGGGUCAGUUGGAUCUCUUAAGGAGCAAUACAGGCCUUCUGUAUAGAAUAAAGGAUUCUCAGAAUGCUGGUAAAAUGAAGGGAUCAGAUAACCAAGAAAAACUAGUAUAUCAGAUCAUAGAGGAUGCAGGAAAUAAAGGAAUAUGGAGCAGAGACAUCCGGUAUAAAAGUAAUUUGCCAUUAACAGAAAUUAACAAAAUUUUUAAGAAUUUGGAAAGUAAAAAGCUUAUCAAAGCUGUUAAGUCUGUAGCACUCAAAACAAAAAAGGUGUAUAUGCUUCACAACCUGCAGCCUGACUAGUCUGUGACUGGUGAAGCCUGGUACAGUGACCAGGAUUUUGAAUCUGAAUUUGUAGAGGUGCUUAACCAACAGUGUUUUAAGUUCCUACAAACCAAGGCAGAAACAGCCCGAGAAAGCAAACAGAAUCCAAUGAUACAAAGAAAUAGUUCAUUUGCUUCAUCACACGAAGUAUGGAAAUAUAUCUGUGAAUUGGGGAUCAGUAAGGUAGAGUUGUCCAUGGAGGACAUUGAAACCAUCUUGAAUACACUCAUAUAUGAUGGGAAAGUGGAGAUGACUAUCAUCGCUGCAAAGGAAGGCACAGUUGGCAGUGUAGACGGACACAUGAAACUGUACAGAGCAGUCAAUCCAAUCAUCCCACCUACGGGCUUGGUCCGGGCUCCCUGUGGACUCUGCCCGGUUUUUGACGACUGCCAUGAAGGUGGUGAGAUUUCACCAUCUAACUGUAUUUACAUGACAGAAUGGCUUGAAUUUUAAUAGAGAGC